AUGUUUUUAUCUGAACAACAUCAUCGAGACAUCAUUCUUUGCAUGGUUCCUAAUUCGGGAGCUUCUCCAGAAUUCAUUGAGUUCGCCAUUUUUUUCUCUAUUUUACGUUUUGCAAGGGAUGCAAAUAACAACCCAAUGAACCUUGGGCUUAAAGUAAUAAAUAUGAAGGUGGUCGUGAAAGUAGUUCUUGAUGUGAACAUGAUUGAGGAUGAUGAUAUUGAUUAUGAUGAUGAGUUGAUUAACGAAUCAUUGAUGAACGCUAUGAUCAACUUCACUCUAGCAAGUAGGUCAUCGGUUGAAGGUUUAGAAAGAGUUAAAUGGGAUUCAAUGACGAAGAGGGAGGAUGAAUGUGCCAUUUGCUUGGAUGAGUUUGUGAAAGGCGAGGAAGUUGCUUCGAUGCCUUGCGGUCAUGGUUACCAUAAUGGUUGCAUCUGUUAA